AUGGAUCGGCCUGACGAUGAUGGAGCAAAUCUCCAGGCUGAGAGGGAGAAAUGGUACAGUAAAUGCGUGUACACCUACCACCAAAGAACUACAGCUAACAAAUAUACCGUUGAACCGACUAGGGACGCCUGGUACGCGCAGCGCCAUCUAUCCCGCACUGAGGCGAAACGGCAAUACAUCACCACCUUACUAGACACGAUGAAUAAAUACGCCUCCUCGUCACCGGAAGCGCGCGAGCUCAUAUCUGAACUGGAGUUUGUCUGGGAUCAGAUAAAAUCAAACUCCCUCUCCUCCUCCCCUACCAGCCCCGUGCACAGCUCCAACCUGCCACUGCACCAAUCAUCACACAUACCCCACUCCAGGUCAAACUAUGGCUCUCAAUAUGGGAGCAUUGGAGGGCAGAUAUCUCGGGUUGAAGCGGAAGAAUUGGGUAGCCCGGUACACGGGCGGGAUCCAAGGUUGAGAGUACUUACUCCUGUUAGUCAGCCAGAUGUUUAUAUGCCCAGAACUAGGCAAAAUUACAAAACAGUGACUGGAGAGGAGGGACAGGAGGUUGAGGAGGAAGAGGAGGAAGAGGAGGAUGACGACGACGACGAGGACGACGACGAAGAGGAUUUCCAGGAGGCGCGAAAUAGCAAGGCCCAAAGAUGGAGGAUAAAAGGCCUCUACAAUCGCCGGCUGGCGCCGGCGCAUCGAGCAAGCCAUGACCAAAAUGACAGCUGA